AACAGAGCUGCAUGCAACCCCGGUGUGUGGAGUGCGCGUGGAGAGUCUCGAGAUGGAGCGCUUAACUUUGUUUGCUUUAGCUAUCACUUUAAUCGCGACAGUUUUUGCCGCCAAAUCCCCGUACCAAGCCGUUCUUCAGCACAGCAGAAUAAGAGGAAGACCUCAUGGCCCAAAUGUUUGUGCAAUGCAGAAGAUUCCAGGCACGGAUAAAAAGUACUUCACCAACUGCAAGCAAUGGUAUCACCGCAAAAUAUGCGGCAAACCAACGACGAUCAGCUAUGAGUGCUGCCCUGGCUAUGAGAACGUUAUUGGAGAGAAGGGUUGUCCAGCAGCUCUACCUUUGGUGAACAUCUACAAAACCAUGGGUUUUGUUGGAGCCACUACUACUAAGAUGUACACAGAGAGAGCUAAUCUACAGGAGGAGAUUGAAGGACCUGGCAGCUUCACAUUCUUUGCCCCCAGCAAUGAGGCUUGGGCUGCACUGCCCACCGAAAUUCUGGAUGCCCUGGUGAGCAACGUCAACAUUGAACUCCUCAAUGCUCUGCACUACCACAUGGUCAACAAACGCUUGACUUCAGACGACCUUAAGCAUGGUGCUGCCUUCCCCUCCAUGUAUCAAGACUUUAAUGUUCAUAUCAACCAUUAUCCUAAUGGAAUUGUGACAGUGAAUUGUGCAAGGCUGGUGAAGACAGACCAACAUGCCACCAAUGGAAUUGUGCAUGUCGUUGACAGAGUAAUCACUGCCAUAACAAACAACAUCAACUCUUUUAUUGACACUGAUGAUGACCUAGAGACUCUACGGACUGCAGUUGCUGCUGCUGGUCUUACCACUUUGUUGGAGAAUGAGGGCUCCUACACAAUCUUUGCUCCAACCAAUGAAGCCUUUAAGAAGAUUCCUCCAGAAACACUCAACAGAAUUUUGGGAGACCCUGUUGCUCUUAAAGAUCUUCUAAAUUACCACAUUCUUAAGAACCUGCACUGCUCUGAGUCCAUUGUGGCCGGAACACCUCUGGAAACCUUACAGGGGACCGUGCUGGAAGUUGGCUGUGAUGGUGAAGAGAUGACCGUCAAUGGCAAAGCCAUCAUCAAGCAAAAAGAUAAGCUUGGAACCAAUGGAGUUGUUCACUACAUCAAUGAACUCCUCAUCCCUGACUCAGCCAAGACCCUCCUGGAGCUUGCAGAGGGAUCAGUUGUUACUAUAGCCACAAAACAUUUUAUUGAUGCUGGUCUUAAGGAUCAUCUCACUGGCUCUGAGGCUGUGACAUUGUUAGGCCCUGUGAAUGAUGCUUUUAAAGGCAAGAGCUUGACCAUGACACCUGACAUGAAGAAACUGCUCAGGAACCACAUUCUAAAAGAGAAGCUUUCCUCCAAAAGCCUUUACCAUGGACAGGAGUUGGAGACCCUUGGUGGAUUGAAACUUAGAGUGUUUGUGUACAGAAAUAACCUGUGCAUUGAAAACGCCUGUAUUGCUGCCCAUGACAAAAAUGGACGCUUUGCAACAAUGUUCAUCGUUGAUAAGCUCCUGACGCCCCCCAUGGGAACUAUUAUUGACAUCCUGAAGGCAGAUAAUCGGUUCACCACCUUGGUUGGUGCCAUUCAGAGAGCAGGCCUGACAGAGCUCUUGAACAAAAAAGGAACCUACACCUUCUUUGCUCCCACCAAUGAUGCUUUCAAUGCUAUGCCCACCGCCGAACGCACCACACUCAUGAGAGAUCCUAAGGAGCUGGCCAAUGUUCUGAAAUACCACAUUGGUGACGAGUUUCUGGUCAGCGGUGCAGUGACCUCACAUACCAGGAUGAAGACCCUUGCUGGAGAGCGAUUGGAAUUAGGCACGCGUAACUCCACCACAUACGUGAACAGGGUGCCUGUUGUCGAGGGUGAUAUGAUGGCCACGAAUGGUGUUGUACAUGCUGUGAAUGUUAUCAUAAAGCCACUGCCUCCUAAAACAGUGAGUGACCAGGCUGAAGGGUCUAUGACAAUCAGACGCACCUCUGCUGUCAUGGCUGGCUCUGAGGUAAUGAAAAAUGAUGAUCUCUUCUGGAAGGUUCGAAAAAGUCAGAGCAGCAGAACAAUGUCUCGUAUCCAGUAAACGUAGUUCUGUGGAGUAAAUGAAUAGUUCCAUUUGACCUCCGCCACUUUAAGAGGAUGGAAACAUACAGUUGUUCCUUAUCGUAUUUUGAACAGUGGAUAAAAAAUUAUAAGACUAAAAUCUUAG